AAAAUCCUAAGCUUCAGUAACUGUGAACGUCUCGUGGAGUUAACAACUAGGUCUAAAAUUAUCAGUAAAAAUUGUCUGUACUUGUAUAAAUUCCUAAUAUACAUUUGGAACAAAAUUAUCAUAACUUUUGCAAACAAUAUUUGUGCGGAACUCACGUGUGUGUAGUAGUAGUAAAACAUGCUUGGGGUUUCGCGACAGCUGUUCCGGAUCUGCAAGAGGUCUCCGGUGUGCCGUCGCCAUGUGGCCGAGAUGAUCCGCCGAUCCUAUGUCUCGCAGGCCAUCAACCAGAUGCUGUUGCUCCAGCAGAUGGAGAUGUGCGCUGAUCAGCCCUCUCGGGCCCUGGUCAUUGGCGUGUAUGCUGACGAGGAGGAUAAGAACGAUGCCGGUAUCCUGACGCCCGCCGGUUGGAAGUACAACCUUCAAAAGACCAACGGCAGGCUGAUCGAAGUGCUCCGGAUGUCUGGACCCAUGCCCCGAAGAGGUGAGGCGCGUCUGCUGUUCGCCAUCGAGCCGGAGCGCAUUCCCUACUACUCGGUGGUGGCCGUCGUCGGUCUAGGCAAGGAGUGCCUGGGAUACAACCCCUACGAGGUGCUCGACGAGCAGAAGGAGGCCAUCCGACGAUCGGUUGCCGCCGCCUGUCGCGUUCUCGCAGAACUGGAUACUGACCGGAUUGAGGUCGAGAACUGCGGCCACGCCGAAUCUGCGGCCGAAGGAGCUGCCCUUGGCAUCUGGCUAUACCAGGAGCUGCGUGACCCCAAGACUCGCAUCUUUGUCCCGGCCAUCGAUUUGUAUUCCACCAAGGACGAGAUCUGUGACAUUGAAGGCUGGCGCAUUGGGCUCCAAAAGGCAGCCGCGCAGAACCUGACCCGCCAGUUGCAAGAGAUGCCCUCCAACCUGCUCACUCCCACCGCCUUUGCCCAGAACGUCGUCGAGGUGCUCUGUAAAUCUGGAGUUAACGUAGAGGUCAAAGUGGAGGGCUGGGCGGAAAGCCAGUCCAUGCACGCCUUCCUGGCGGUGGGUAAGGCCUCCUGCGAGCCCCCAAUCUUCCUAGAGCUGAGCUACUACGGCACCUGUGCCGAGGAGCGACCCAUCGUGCUGGUUGGCCAGGGAAUUACCUACGACGCGGGUGGCCUUUGCCUCAAAAAGAAAGGAGAACUCUUCCACAUGCGCGGUGACAUGACCGGAGCGGCAGUGGUAGUGGCGACGUGUCGGGCGGUGGCUGGACUCAGGUUACCAGUUAACAUCCGAGGCCUAAUUCCUCUGUGCGAGAACGUUGUUGGCUGCAACUCCUUCAGGCCCGGCGAUAUGGUCAAGUCCAUGAACGGCAAGACUAUCGAGGUUCAGUGCACGGAUCACGAGGAUGUCCUCGUGUUGGCCGAUGCCCUGCUUUACGGACAGAACUUCUGUCCCAAGUGCAUCAUCGAUGUCGGGACCUGCUCGGGAUACAUGCGACAGUCUCUGGACGAGGCCGCCUGUGGUGUGUUCACCAACUCGGAAAUUCUGUGGCAGCAGAUCAAGCACGCGAGCAUGCACACUGGUGACCGGGUUUGGCGUUUCCCCCUGUGGAACUACUACAGCAAGGCGGUGCGAGCCGGACCACGCAGCGAUGUCCAGAACUACGGCGUUGGUCGGGGAGGACGUCCCUGCAAAGCUGCCGCCUUCCUGCGAGAGUUUGUGCCUUGCGGACAAUGGAUGCAUAUUGACGCCACCAAUGUAAUGGUCACCAACGGCAUAGACUUUGAGUACCUUCGUCGCGGCAUGGCUGGACGACCCACGCGGACCCUGGUCGAGUUCAUUGCGCAGACCAUCUGCAAGGACACAGCUCCCAAGAUGGGCAAAUAGUGUAAACAGAUGGGGAUUUCAGAGUGGCCCUUCCCCAAAAGCUACUAACACGUCCAAAAUUAUAGUAAAUCCUUAUGGAGUCGGUUUGUCCAGGUUCUUCAAAAUUGUACGCGAGAUUGUUUUUAGGGCCCAAAAAAAACUUCCUUGUUCGUUUACAGUAAUCCAAAUAUUAAAAUGAUAUACUAUA